GAUCACGUUCACGGUGUGCUAGCGAAGGUUUUCCUUAAAUUUUCAGAAUAAGUUAUUCGGGUGGAGGUAUUAAUUAUCUCUUGUUUUAAGGAAACAUCUUCUUAUUCCAUACGAAAAUGCAACCACAAAUCAUUCUUUUGAAAGCAGGAACUGACACCUCUCAGGGAAAGCCUCAGCUGGUUUCUAACAUCAAUGCCUGCCAAUCGAUCGUCGAUGCAGUUCGAACAACAUUGGGCCCACGAGGCAUGGACAAGCUGAUCGUAGAUAGCAAGGGCUCGGCUACGAUUUCCAACGACGGAGCGACCAUUAUGAAACUGUUAGAUAUUGUCCAUCCGGCUGCCAAAACAUUGGUCGACAUAGCCAAGUCGCAGGAUGCCGAGGUCGGCGAUGGCACCACCAGCGUUGUUUUACUGGCGGGCGAGUUCCUGAAGCAGCUUAAACCCUUCGUCGAAGAGGGUGUGCAUCCCCGAAUCAUCAUUAAGGCCGUUCGCAGAGCACUAAACCUUUGCGUGGCUCAGAUCAACGAGCUGGCCUUCAAGAUCGAGAAGCACGACAACGAAAAGCACCGGGCACUGUUGGAGAAGUGUGCCGCAACUGCGUUGAACUCGAAGCUCAUCCAUCAGCAGAAGGAAUUCUUCUCGAAGAUGGUCGUCGAUUCAGUCACAACGCUAGAUGUGUUGCUUCCGCUGAACAUGAUCGGCAUUAAGAAAGUUACCGGUGGAGCAUUGGAAGAUUCGAUGCUUGUGGAAGGUGUAGCGUUCAAGAAGACGUUUGCCUAUGCCGGAUUCGAGAUGCAGCCCAAAAGCUACGACAACGUGAAAAUCGCUCUGCUAAAUAUCGAGCUGGAGCUGAAGGCGGAACGCGACAACGCUGAGGUCCGUGUGGACAACGUGGCCGAGUAUCAAAAGGUGGUUGAUGCAGAAUGGCAAAUUUUGUACGAUAAGCUGGACAAAAUCCAUAAAUCAGGCGCCCAAGUAGUACUCUCGAAGUUACCCAUCGGCGAUGUGGCCACGCAGUACUUCGCUGAUCGCGAUAUGUUCUGUGCCGGCCGUGUGCCGGACGAAGACUUAAAACGCACUCAGAAGGCGUGUGGUGGAGCAGUGAUGACGACAGUUCAGGACAUCAGCGACAAAGUGCUGGGCACUUGCGCGCACUUCGAAGAACGUCAAAUUGGAAGCGAACGUUUCAAUCUAUUCCAGGGCUGCACUAACGCGAAAACAUGCACGAUUAUUUUGCGUGGAGGUGCUGAGCAGUUCCUGGAGGAAACUGAACGUUCGCUGCAUGAUGCCAUCAUGAUCGUUCGUCGUACAAUCCGUAACGAUUCAGUAGUUGCAGGUGGUGGCGCGAUCGAAAUGGAACUGUCGAAAAUGCUUCGUAACUAUUCGCGCACUAUUGCCGGCAAGGAACAGUUGCUAAUUGGGGCUAUUGCUAAGGCAUUGGAAGUCAUUCCUCGUCAGCUUUGCGACAACGCAGGAUUCGAUGCUACGAACAUCCUGAACAAGCUCCGCCAAAAGCACGCACAAGGUUGCCAAUGGUACGGCGUGGACAUUAUGAAAGAGCAUAUUGCUGAUAAUUUCGAAGCAUUUGUAUGGGAACCCUCCGUCAUCAAGAUUAACGCAUUGACGGCGGCAUGUGAGGCUACUUGCAUGAUUCUUUCGGUGGACGAAACGAUUAAAAGCCCCAAAUCUGGCGGUGGUGAUGUACCUCAGCCACCGAUGGGACGUGGUAUGGGCCGUCCGUUUUAAUUCGCUCCCCGUUCUAGGCGCUUACUCAAAUUUGUUCAUGCUGUUCACUAUCGUCUCCCAUUUCCUACCAAAUAACAUGUAUUACUUUUAAUUUUCAAAAGCACACAUAUACACACCCUGAAUUUGUUCCUGGAGAUGCACGCAGUUUGCGUAACAUUAAGGUCACUCAACUAACAUAAAAAAAUGGAACAAAAUGCCUUUUUCGUAUGCAUC